UCAACUUUAGCGCACCUAAUCACCACCCAACUAGACUGAAAAGCCUCCUGGUUUAUGACGUCCUUUAAAAUAUUCAAAACAAAAAAGGCACGUCACUCUGAAGGUGGAACAUACAUUUUGGUAAUAUGCAUAUAACUCUUCGCAAGGCACGACGUGCUAAAAGAAGAUAAGAUCUUGGAAUGAGGCUAUUACUGGACAGUAGCCAGUCAGGAGAUAUGGCCUUCAAUUUAAGGCAGUACCACUAAAAAGGAUGCAAGCUACUAGCGGACAAAACAUUUUCAAGGCUCAAUGAGGAGUGCGCCGUAUCAUUUGCCAUCGCAGAUAAAACAAAAUAAUUAUUUAAUACAGCAGUUUGUUUCCCAGCAAAGAACAAAACAAAUCAAAGACUACUCGAUCGGCCGUUGAAGAUGUCCCUCAUUGAGAUUAAUCCUUUUUCAUUGCUGGCAACGACCGUCACAUCUGUUUUAUCUGUGCUCCUGCUUUUGGCCGUAUCCCGACAAUUAUGGACACUUCGCUGGACUCUGACACGGGACAGGACCUCUGUGCUGCCUCUUCCGAAGGGAUCGAUGGGAUGGCCUCUUUUUGGGGAAACCUUCCACUGGCUGCUUGAGGGUUCAACUUUUCACAUCUCUCGGAGAGGAAGAUACGGAAACGUUUUCAAGACCCACCUUUUAGGCAAGCCUGUAAUUCGUGUCACAGGAGCCGACAACAUCCGGAAAAUACUACUGGGAGAACACAAAUUAGUGAGCACCCAGUGGCCCCUAAGUACCCGCAUCAUCCUCGGCCCUCACACACUUAUAAACUCAGUAGGGGAGCAUCAUAAAAGGAAACGAAAAAUAUUCGCGACAGUUUUCAGCCAGGCAGCUCUGGAGAGUUACAUUCCUCGCAUCCAAGAAGUUGUCCGCUCAGAAGUGGCAAGGUGGUGUUCAGUGUGCAAAGCCAUCAAUGUCUACUCUGCGACCAAAGCGCUCACUUUUCGGAUUGCAGUGCGCGUCCUCUUAGGCUUCAACAUUGAGGACGCUCAGUUAACGCAUCUAUCCAAGACUUUUGAGCAACUUAUGGAGAAUUUGUUUUCUCUGCCAUUGGACGUGCCAUUCAGUGGUCUUCGAAAAGGGAUCAAAGCACGAGAUAUACUACACGAAUGUAUGGAGAAUAUCAUUUCUCAAAAGCUGCGUGAGGACCGAUCUGAAACGUAUAGCGAUGCGCUCGAUUACAUGAUGAGUAGCGCCAGAGAAAGCGGUGAAGAACUGAGCAUACAAGAUCUAAAGGAGUCUGCAGUUGAACUCAUUUUUGCAGCUUAUUCUACCACCGCCAGCGCCAGCACAUCUCUUGUCCUCCAGCUUCUCAAAAACCCGUCUGUGGCCGACAAGGCGGCGCAGGAGCUUUCAUCCCAAGGCGUCAUCUGUGCCGAGCACUCUGUACCGAGCAGCGCACUUUCGGAGGCCCAAGUGAUGAAAACGACUAAAUACUUCAAUGAGACGAGUCGCCGGCCGGAACUCAGUUUGGAGAAGCUGGACCGACUACGUUAUCUCGACUGCGUAGUGAAAGAAGUUCUGCGGAUCCUUCCACCUGUUUCGGGAGGUUACAGGACAGCACUUCAGACCUUUGAACUGGACGGCUAUCAGAUACCAAAAGGUUGGAGCGUGAUGUACAGUAUUCGAGACACUCAAGAGACUGCAGCUGUUUAUCAGAACGCAUCCCUGUUUGAUCCGGAUCGUUUUGGUCCAGAAAGGGACGAAGGCAAAGCUGGACGGUUCAAUUACAUCCCAUUUGGAGGGGGAAUCAGGAGCUGCAUCGGCAAAAAACUAGCCCUCAUUAUCUUAAAAACUCUAGCCGUUGAGCUACUUUCUGAGGCAAAACUGGAGUUGGCUACAGCAACUUUCCCUAAGAUGCAAACAGUCCCUAUUGUGCAUCCUGUUAAUGGACUACACGUUUAUUUUAAUUCCUUGUAUACGGAGGCUGAGAAGUCCGACCAAGCAUAAAGAGACGGUCGUGUGGGUCUUCGUACGACAAGAGAGUACACCUAAUCUAUUGCUGUUAAGUUUUCGCGAGAAAGAAAGCAGUGUAUACUUAAAAUUAAUUUUCUUAUUUAAACUUUAAAUUAUUUUAUAUAUAGUUAAAUAUGACACUUGGAAUGUUGUCUCAUAGUAGUGUCUAGAAAUGUAAAGGACAAUUUCGGUAUGUGUUAAUUUAAUGGCUGUUAGACCGUGGGAAUCAAAUUGUUAGUAAAGUAUUCUGCGCGGUAAAGGUAUACGUCUGUGAACAUCACCGUUUGAAAGGUUCUUGACUUAUGCAAAAUGUUUAAUAAAACAACGUGACCAAAAAUAAUGAUUAAAUGUAUUAUACGGCUAUAGCUUUUAUGGAGUGCAGAAUGCCUGAAUGUAAACGAAUAGUGUUUGCAUUGGUGUCUUCCAGCUCCCAGAAUGCACGGAGACUUACCUUCUUCGGUGAUCCUGUUUUGAAGAAUAGAAUUAUUAUUUAAAACUAUUAGCAAUGAAAACGUUAGUCUGACAGUUUCAUGAAAUUUGAAAUAAUGAAAGCAUAGAGAAGCAAAAUAUUUUCGAGUAUAUCUUAUAUGGCACUUUUUACCGGUACUGUUUAGGGUUUUUUAACAAAAUGGGACAAAAAAAUGUAGAUUCGUGCAGAAUACCCGGCUUUUCCAAGUGUGUAAAUCCCUAAUUUUUUUUUUUCCUUCUGUUGCAUAUCUUGCUUUAAACCGAGUCCUGGAGUAUUCUCUGUGAUGGCCUGGCGCCCACUCCACGGAUGUCCCCUGCUUUGUGUCCGAUAUUCUCAGAAUAUAUCUUGGCUCCCCGCAUCACAGGAAUUUCUUCAAUAAAUAGAAAGAUAAUCUGUUUAAUGGUGGAUUAAUAUCGUUUUGCUAUAUUUAUGUAAAAGAUUUAAGCAAAUAAAAAUUGUCCGCUGUUUUCGAGAAGCAGAUCUCCGACAAUCGCUUCAAGUCUGUGGUAGGUGAUGUAUAUUUCUGGUAAAUGACAUAGUAUAAGUAAUAAAAAAAGGUUAUGCUCUUAUUUAAGAGCGACU